UAUAAAUUAAGGAAGCAUACAACCUACCUUACAACAAAUCUUAACUUAAGAACGAGCACAUUUUAAUCAGUUUUGCUUGUUUUGUUACGCGUUGUAUUCGACGCGUGCGGUACGGACCAUUUAACUUCAACCUACAACGCUUCAGCCAGUACAGGUACGCUUAAUUUACGGUAUUUAUUGAUAAACUCCAUAUGUUUCGUACCUCCAACGAUCGUACCCGUCAAAGGUUGUAUUGCUCUGUUUAUAUUGUUUUUUUACUUCUUCUAGUAUCUGAUUGCCCUAUUGAAUGUAUCAUUCAGUAUAUCUUUUAACAGUGAUUCAAAUAUUUUGAUCACUUAUUGAUAUGUGACCUUUUGUUCAGAUAAAACUGUAGAGUAACAUGUUUUCGAGAUCUAUAAAAAACGAUUAAAUACACUCAUCCUUGAACAUCUCUAAUAAUUUGUUCAGUACUAGCUAUAUAAUCAUACUUUAUUGCAGAUAUUUUUCUUAUUAUUUAUUAGCUUUUUCUGAACUUGUAAAAUAUAUAAUGCACAGGCAAUUAAUUUAUGAACUACAGAGUAAUUCAGUACAAUAACAUUGUUAAUGCAUUAAAUGGUUUAUUCCUAACCAAAUUUUGGACCAUUAUUUAGUGAUAUCUAUAAGCCAUCACUGACGACAAGAUGAUUUGUUUCUAUUUCAGGCCAUCGAUCGUGCUCCAAAUUUGAAUGAUUUGACAGAAAUGGAAAUUAUUCAGCGGUACAGAUUUGACAUGAAUGGCAUCUUAUAUCUUGAACAGUUAAUCGGGAAUGGAAUCACCCCAAAAGUGAAUAGAAAUAAUGCCAUAAGUGCCCGGCAGAAAAUAUUAAUCACAUUAAGGUACUUAGCAACUGGGCCUAUACAAUUAAAUGACAGUGACUUACACAAAGUAAGCCAACCAACUGUUUCUAGAGUUUUGACUAGUGUCAUUGAUGUCUUAUCAUCGCCAGAUAUUGUGAGACAAUUUAUUAGAUUCCCAACAAUGGAUGAUCAGUUCAGGCGAAACUCAUUACAGUUUCAGGGAAUCGCCCGAUUCCCGAAUGUUAUUGGAGUGAUCGAUGGGACCCAUAUUGGAAUUAAGGCUCCUCAUGAACAUGAAGAAGUGUUUGUGAACAGAAAGGGUGUUCAUAGCAUAACUGUUCAAGUAGUGUUCGAUCCUUUUCAUAGAAUUAUAGAUGUAGUUGCGAGAUGGCCAGGAUCGGUCCAUGAUAGCAGGGUGCUCCGUGAAAGCGGUUUAUUUGAAUUGUUUGAAGGGGGGCAUGCAAAUGGAUACUACUUGUUGGGAGAUAGUGGAUAUCCAGCUAAGAGAUGGCUGCUAACCCCCUACCUGGCACCCCAGAAUGCAACAGAAGAAGGCUACAACCGAAGUCACAAAAUCACACGAGCUCUUGUGGAGAGAUCUAUUGGACAACUUAAGAAAAGGUUUGGUGUCCUCCAUGGAGAAAUAAAUUUGGAGCCACAAAAAGUUUGCAAGGUGAUUGUAGCAUGUUGUGUUCUGCACAACAUCUGCAAAGAGAGAGCAAUCCCUAUUAACGGUGAUGAUGAUUCUGAUGACGAGGAUGAUAAUGCAGAUGAUCAACUGGCACAGGGAGUGCAGCAACCUCCAAAUGUGGCGGGGAAUAGAUUCAGGGAUCAUGUUGCAGCAACAUAUUUCAGUAAUGAUUCUUGUUUUUGCUGUUGUUGAAAGAACCUAGUUAUUUUAAAAGCCUUGCCUUGAUUAUGUCAUAGGCUGUGUCAUUGAAAUGCAACACCUUGGUAAUUUCUAACACCUUGUAAAAUAUACUUCAAUACAAUUUGGUACACACUUUACACAGCAGAUAUUAAUAUCUACUUAA